UUUCGCUCCCGGCACGCCCUGCGCGCGGAAAGAUGGCGGCGUCCAGUUAGAAGUCUUGUGGAUACGGGGUCGGAAUGGCGUUGGCGUCCGGGCCCGCAAAGCGGGCGCUAACUGGCUCUGGAAAGCUCGGCUUCGGGGGCUGCGGGGCUCCGAGACGCGGGGCUUAUGAGUGGGGCGUUCGCUCCACGCGGAAGCCCGAGCCUCGCCCCCUGGACAGGGUGUAUGAGAUUCCGGGACUGGAACCCAUUACCUACGAGGGGAAGAUGCACUUCGUGCCCGGGCUGGCGCGGCCGCUCUUCCCGCCGUGGGAGCCCGGCUGGAAUAACCCGAGGUUCCAUCGCUCGUCCCCGAUUCACGAGCAGCGGCUUUACAAGGAGCAGGCCUGCUACGUCUUCCACCAGCGUUGCCGGCUCCUUGAGGGUAUGAAGCAGGCUCUCUGGCUUACUAAGACCAAGUUAAUAGAAGGCCUUCCCAAGAAAGUGCUUAGUCUUGUUGAUGAUCCAAGGAAUCACAUAGAGAACCAAGAUGAGCGUGUUCUGAAUAUCAUCUCUCAUGCCCGUCUCUGGCACUCCACUGAUGAUAUUCCCAAGAGAGAAACCUACUGCCCAGUCAUUAUGGACAGUCUCAUACAGCUGUGUAAAUCCCAGAUGUUCAAGCACCCUUCUCUGGCCAGACGGAUCUGUGCCCAAAACUACUCAUUAUCCACCACCUGGAAUCGAGAGUCUCUUCUCCUUCAGGUCCGUGGUGCUAGUGGUGCCCGACUGAGUGCCAAGGAUCCUCUGCCCUCCAUUGCCUCCAGAAAGGAGGUUGAAGCUACCAAGAGUCAUGUUCUUGAGACCUUCUAUCCCAUAUCUCCCACCAUCGAUCUUCAGGAAUGUCAUGUUUAUGAUGUGAAAGAUGACACAGGAUUCCGGGAGGGCUAUCCUUACCCCUAUCCCCACACCUUAUAUUUCCUGGAAAAGGCCAAUUUACGGUCACACCGCUUUCAGCCAGAUCAGCUGCGGACCAAGAUGCUCCUGUUUGCUUUUGGGAAUGCCCUGGCUCAGGCCAGGCUCCUCUAUGGGGACACCGCCAAGGUCUUGGAGCAACCCAUAGUUGUGCAGAGCGUGGGCUCUGAUGGACGUGUCUUCCAGUUUCUAGUAUUGCAGUUGAACACCACAGAUCUGGCCUCUAGUGAGGGCAUCAAGAAUUUGGUAUGGAUGGACUCGGACCAGGUUCUUUACCAGCAUUUCUGGUGUCUCCCAGUGAUCAAAAAGAAGGUGGUGGUGGAACCUGUUGGGCCUGUUGACUUCCAGCCAGAGACGUUCAGGAAGUUUUUAGCUCUGCAUUUACACGGUGCUGUGUGAGCUGAGGACCUUCUGGGGUCGAGUUCCCCUAACCUCCUGCCCUCUGAAGAGUCUACAUCCUGGAAAGGCAGUGCCUGGGCCUGGGGAGCCUCCAUAUUCUUGGUCUGGUGGUCUUAUUGGCAAUGAAGAGGCUUUGUGCUGGGUGUGGUGGCACACUCCUUUAAUCCCAGCAUGUGGGAGGCAGAGGCAGGUGGAUCUCUGGGAGAUUGAGGCCAGCCUGGUCUAUAUAGCGAGUUCCAGGUCAGCUGAGGCUACAGGGAGA